AUGCAGUCUGUUAUCAAGGAUGGCGAAAUCAAUCUCACGACCACCAAGAAGAGUAGGACCUCCAGUUACGAGCAACUCUCCCUGAAGAAGUCUGGGGAGUCCAAGGCUGACAACAUCCUCCGGCGUGGCAUUCCAAUCACCAAUGGCAAUCCAAGCACAACUCAAUGCACGCACUGCAGCCAUGAGCUCAUGCAGAACAUCACUGUUAGGUGGGUGGUACAGCGGGGUGUCGACUUUCAAAUACACCGCAAAGAUUGCAAGGUCGUGCCCAUGCAAUCGCAUAAAUUCCUGUGUCCAGCCUGCGCCUUGGACCUGGCAGCUCAAUCCUUCAGUAUGGUCCAGAUGGCGCCGUACCAGGAUGGCUGUACCUCCGCUGGUGCCUCCUUUACCCGUUUCCAUAGCUGCCUGGCCAUGCACUGUCCAACCACUGUGGUGGAAAUCUGCCCUGAGUCGUUCAAGACUGGGAGGUCGCAAAUGGUGUUCCGCAACCAUCUGGACUUUGACCGUUUCACCAGCCAGUUUGAGGUACUGCACAGCCUUGCUGCCGAGACUGGUGACAUUAGCAAACCGAAUACACCAAGCGUCAGUUCCAACUGCUUCAGCAGACUGGGACUGGUUUGA